CCUCCACCUCCACCUCCACCUCCGCCACCGCCAUCUGAACUCCAAAUGGCCAUCAAGGUAAUCCGGGAAUUCGGGAAAAGAAUAACCUAUGACCCUCAAGGCAUUACAAAAACCUGGAGAGGAAAUAACAUCUGCAAAGACAGAUCCACAUACAAAGGCUUCAUCUGCGCUGAAGUCCGAAGUAAGACUAGAGUUGUCGGCGUCAAGUUCAACGGUUUCAACUUUAACGGAAGGAACGAAAAACUUACCUUCGACAACUUCAUUGAAGAUCUAAAAGACCUUGUCAUCUUCCAUGUAAACUCCAACAACUUCACAGGAAACAUUCCAUCCCAAAUCAACAAAAACCCCCAUUUUUAUGAGCUUGACUUAAGCAACAACAAGCUCACCGGCACGUUCCCCAUGUCCGUUCUCAAUGCCACCAACCUAACCUUCUUGGACCUCAGGUUCAACAAUAUAGUAGGACUCGUGCCGCCACAAGUUUUCAAACUAGACCUUGAUGUUCUAUUCCUCAACAACAACAUGUUUGAUGGACAAAUUCCAGAUAAUCUAGGCAGUACUCCAGUGCUUUACCUCACCUUAGCAAACAACAAAUUCACAGGUCCAAUCCCAAAAAGCAUUGGCCAAGCUUCAAACACAUUGCUUGAAGUGCUGUUUUUGAACAACCAAUUAUCUGGUUGUCUCCCAUAUGAAAUUGGGUUGCUGAGAAAAGCCACUGUUUUCGACGCCAGCAAGAAUUCAUUGACAGGUCCGAUACCACACUCCUUCGGGUGCCUGGUGAGGAUGGAGGAGAUGAACUUGUCGUACAACCAGUUCUACGGGCCGGUGCCGGAAAUGUUAUGCAAGCUCAUGAAUCUGGAUCAGCUUGCCUUGAAAUUCAACUAUUUCACGCAGGUUGGUCCAGAAUGCAGGAAGUUGAUCACGAAAGGAGUGCUUGAUGUGAGCAUGAAUUGCAUUCUGGAUCUUCCGUCACAGAGAACUCCGGCCGAAUGCAGCACCUUCUUUUCCCAGCACGGGUCUUGCCCCGACGAAUGGUCGUUGAACUACAUACCUUGUAAAAUUAAUCAUUCCAUAACGCAAGACAUUUCGGACCGGGCACCAAGGAGUGCAAUGCGUCCAUCGCCUUCUUAUGCUGCUUUGAUUGAGCCACCUUAACGAUCCACCAUGAGGCAACUCUGUGUAGUAGUAGUUGAAGGCUGAAGGCCAUUGCUAUGUAGCUUCUCCCAAAUAAGAACAUAUGUAAUUGAAUGGAUUAAAUGCAACGCUAUAUAUAUCACCCAUUUUCUUUUUCCGCUUUCAUCACAACUUGUAGGAGAAUGAUAAUUCUCUCUUUUUAAUGGCCUUUCCCGAUACAAAUAAGAAAUAAUGUUUUCCGUAAUGUUAAAGAUGACUAUGUACUACAACAACUUGGAAACAACCCCAUAUACGGAAACAACCCCAUAUACGGAAGUAAGACUACAUAUAUCUAAUCUUUUCAAGUGAUAGCCACUCACUAACUGCCUUUUACGUGCUAAACUAAGGGAAAAUGAAACUAAAAAUAAACAUGUGUGAGACGAUACGUGUGGUAUUUCUUCACAAAAGUUUUGCUUUCUUAAGGUCAAAAGUUCGAGU